AUAGUAUAAUUGUGGUACAAUUAUACAGGUGGAUUCAAUCGGAAAAGAAAGCAUAGUUAUACAGCUGUGCCAUCUCUCUCUCUCUCUCUGCGUUCUUUCUCCUUCAUUAAUAAUAUUCUUCUUCUUACACAGAUCCAAUUACAAAUACACAAAACCAAACCCAAAACCCAAACAUCUACAUACAUAUACACACACAUACCUUGACCUGCACCUAUUGUUAAAUUAAUAAAACUUGAAAAUGUCUAGCGACAGUGACGAAGACGAGCUAUUGCAAAUGGCUCUUCAAGAGCAAUCUCAACGCGAUGUCAAUUACCAGAAAUCGUCGUCUUCCGGCAAGCCUGUCCGGAAUCACGUCCAGCAGCCGGCGAAGGCGUCGCCGGCGAGGCAGUCACGGAAAUCUAAUCAGUCUUCUUCCGCGCGGAAGCAGCGCCAGUCGGAGGAUUAUGAUGAUGAUUCGGAGGUGGAGAUGUUGAGUAUCUCGUCCGGCGACGAGGAUUUGGGAAGAGAUCGAGCCGUGAGGCCUCCCAAAGGCGGGAGGGAUGAUGAUAAGUGGGACGGUGGAGAGCCUGAUUGCUGGAAGCGUGUCGAUGAAGGGGAGCUUGGUCGUAGGGUCCGUGAUAUGCGGGAGGCAAGAACAGCUCCUAUAGUACAGAUUGAUCAGAAACCAGCUAAUUUGAGAAAAGGGCUUCAAAAUUUACAAUCUAUUCCCCGCGGUAUUGAAUGUAUAGAUCCUCUUGGAUUAGGGCUAAUAGAUAACAAAUCACUAAGGUUGGUCUACGACCGGAAAGCCCUUUCUCCAUCCAAAGCCGAGAAAGACUACCCAGAUCAAGAACUUCGCGAGAAAUUAAUGUAUUUUUCUGAGAAGUUUGAUGCAAAAUUGUUUUUGUCGCGAGUUCACCAAGAAACAAGUGCAGACGAUCUUGAGGCUGGGGCAAUUGCUCUGAAAACUGAUUUUGAAGGAAGGACUUCACAAAGGAAAAAGCUAGUUAAAGAAAAUUUUGAUUGCUUUGUCUCUUGCAAAACUACAAUUGAUGAUAUUGAGACAAAAUUGUCACGCAUAGAAGAAGACCCAGAAGGCUCGGGAACAACUCAUUUGUAUGAUUGCAUCCAAGGAGUUAGUUCAGUGGCUAAUCGUGCUUUUGAACCAUUGUUUGAGCGUCAGGCCCAAACUGAGAAAAUACGAUCUGUCCAAGGAAUGCUUCAGAGGUUCAGGACACUUUUCAAUUUGCCCAGUACCAUUCGUAAUAGCAUUAGUAAGGGAGAAUAUGAUUUGGCUGUUAGAGAAUACAGGAAAGCGAAGUCGAUUGUGCUGCCUAUGCAUGUGGGAAUACUUAAACGUGUCCUUGAAGAGGUUGAAAAAGUAAUGCAGGAGUUCAAAGGCAUGCUUUACAAGUCUAUGGAAGAUCCACACAUUGACCUAACAAAACUUGAGAACACUGUGAGACUCUUACUGGAGCUGGAACCUGAACUGGAUCCUGUUUGGCAUUAUUUGAAUAUACAGAAUCAAAGAAUUAGAGGUUUGAUUGAAAAGUGCACCUUAGAUCAUGAAGCAAUGAUGGAACAGUUGCAAAAUGAGAUACGGGAAAAAGCUGUUUCUGAGGCAAAGUGGAGGCAGCUGCAGCAAGCUAUGAAUGAUCCGUUGGAUGACGAUUAUGGUAGUACUCUGGAAGAUAUAGAGCCACUAAUGUUAAGCAGCGAAGAAGUUGAUGCUUAUAGAGGGAAGUAUAUCCGUAGAUUAACUGCUGUUCUUAUUCUUCAUGUUCCAGCCUUCUGGAAAACAGCUCAAUCAGUCUCCAGUGGAAAAUUUGCAAAGUCCUCCCAAGUUUCUGGUGAAACGAAUGUUAGCUCUUCUGCAAAUAAAAAUGAAGAAAGAGGAGAGGGAAAAUUUUCAGCACAUUCUCUCGAAGAAGUUGCUGGAAUGAUACGUGAUACUAUAUCUGCAUACGAGUCUAAGGUUCAGAAUACGUUUCAGGACUUUGAAGAAUUAAACAUCCUUCGCCCAUACAUGAACGAUUCCAUUAUGGAGAUAUCUAAAGCAUGCCAAGCAUUUGAAGCAGACUCCGCACCCUCUGUUGCUGUAACUGCUAUGCGGACGCUUCAGUCUGAGAUUACAAAAGUUUACAUACUAAGACUUUGUUCAUGGAUGAGAACUUCAACUGAAGAGCUAGCGAAAGAAGAAUCAUGGACCCCGGUGUCUGUCCUUGAAAGAAACAAGUCUCCUUACACAAUUUCUUUGUUGCCACUAGCUUUUCGUUCAAUCUUAGUUUCGGCAAUGGACCAAAUCAACUUGAUGGUGCAGUCUUUAAGAAGUGAAGCUAAGAGGUCGGAAGACAUCUAUAUGCAGCUUCAAGAAAUUCAGGAAUCUGCUAGACUUGCAUUUCUAAAUUGUUUGCUGGAUUUUGCUGGUCAUCUAGAACGCAUUGGCGGGGAGCUUGCACAAAACAAGUCAAAUAGAGGAAGUCCACAUUUUGAAAAUGGAUAUUCAGACGACCAACCUCAGAUGUCAUUUGAUCCUUUACCGGAAAGUGUGAUUCAUCCUCUCCAACAACUACUAAUGGUCUUGAGUAAUAUAGGGUAUUGCAAGGAUGAACUUUCCCGUGAGCUUUACAACAAAUACAAACAUAUCUGGCAGCAAUCCAGAGGAAAGGAGGAAGAGGAUGCUGAUAUGCAGGAUUUGUCUACAUCCUUCUCUGGACUUGAAGAGAAGGUCCUUGCACAGUACACUUUUGCAAAGGCACAACUAAUUAGAGCCGCAGCUGUGAACUAUAUGUUGGAUGCUGGAGUGCAAUGGGGAAGUGCACCUGCAGUCAAAGGUGUGCGAGAUGCAGCUGUGGAGUUGCUGCACAGUCUAGUAGCUGUGCAUGCAGAGGUCUUUGCUGGCUGUAAGCCCUUGCUGGAUAAAACACUUGGUAUCCUAGUUGAAGGUUUGAUUGAUACAUUGCUCAGCCUUUUCCAUGAAAAUGAAGAGAAAGAUCUUAGAGCAUUGGAUGCAAAUGGUUUCUGUCAGCUUAUGCUAGAGCUUGAAUAUUUUGAGACCAUAUUAAAUCCUUAUUUUACGCAUGAGGCGAGAGAUUCGCUGAAAUCUUUACAAGGGGUUCUACUGGAGAAAGCCACCGAGAGUGUAACUGAGUCUGCUGAGAAUGAGAGACAACAGGGUUCUGCUGUUUCACCAGAUGAUCUGAUUGCUCUCGCCCAGCAGUACAGCUCAGAACUUCUUCAAGCAGAGCUUGAGAGGACGCGAGUUAACACCGCAUGCUUUGUAGAGUCGUAUCCUUUGGACUCUGUUCCAGAAUCAACCAGAGCUUCCAUUAGAGGAUCGAUUGAUUCUCCUAGUGGAAGCUUCAAAAGCUCACAAAGUUUCCAAGGCAGGCAGAGGCGUAGAUAACUAACCAGUGCACAUAGAUCAAUGUUUAUUCUUCUCCCAGUAUGUAGCCUUUGCAAUGUUGUAUUAUGUCACAUUCUUUAAAUUUUUAAAAGAAAAUAGAAGGAAAAAACAGAAAUAGAAUGCUAGUCCUACAAUUCUGUCCAUUUGUUUGUGCCGACUUGUACAUCUAAAUAACUGGUGUCAUCUAAAUUUGGUGAGCAAGUCUUGAGGAAUGCUGGAAGUAUUUUUCAUCGGGUGAAUUUUAAAUAUAUAAGUUGAGCCCCUAUUUUUUGCGA